GUCCUGUCCAUGGCGGCAGCCGGACCCACAAGCUCCGGGAGCCUGGCCCUCUGCCGGCAACUCCUGCUGUCCCUUACGAUCUUAACAUUUGCCUGUGAUGCCUGCAAACAAGUGAUCUUACAUGUUCCUUCCAAGCUCGAUGCUGAGAAAUUCAUUGGGAGAGUUGAUCUGAAGGAGUGCUUUAGAUCUGCAAAUCUAAUUCAUUCGAGUGAUCCAGACUUCCAAAUUUUAGAAGAUGGUUCAAUCUAUACAAGAAAUGUUGUUCGCUUGUCCUCACAGAACAGAAGUUUUACCAUAUUGCUUUUCAACACAGAGAGCCAAGAAAAGAAGCAAAUAUCUGUCCUUUUAGAGAGCCAAACAGAGGUGCUAAAAAAACCAUAUACUAAAGAAAAAGUACUAAGUCGUGCCAAGAGAAGAUGGGCUCCGAUUCCUUGUUCAAUGCUAGAGAAUUCCUUGGGUCCCUUCCCACUUUUUCUUCAACAGGUUCAAUCUGAUGCAGCACAAAACUACACUAUAUACUAUUCCAUAAGAGGGCCAGGAGUUGACCAAGAGCCUCUGAAUUUAUUUUAUGUGGAGAGAGAUUCUGGAAACCUGUAUUGUACUGGUCCAGUAGAUCGUGAGCGCUAUGAAUCUUUUGAGCUAACUGCCUUUGCAACAACUCCAGAUGGGUAUACACCAGAAUAUCCAUUACCCCUUGUAAUCAAAAUAGAGGAUGAAAAUGAUAACUACCCGGUUUUUACAGAAACAACAUAUGUUUUUACAGUUUUUGAAAAUUGCAAAGUUGGUUCUUCUGUGGGGCAGGUGUGUGCAACUGACAAAGAUGAGCCUGACACCAUGCACACUCGCCUGAAGUACUCUAUCCUGGAGCAGUCGCCUUCUCCACCCACCCUGUUUACUAUGCAUCCAUCUACAGGUGUGAUCACCACGGCAUCAUCUCAGCUUGACAGAGAGUUAAUGGAUAAAUACCUGUUGAAAAUAAAAGUGCAAGACAUGGAUGGUCAGUAUUUUGGUUUGCAGACAACUGCAACUUGUAUCAUUAAUAUUGGAGAUGUGAACGACAACUUGCCAACAUUUACCCUCACUUCUUAUGUGACAUCAGUGGAAGAAAACACUAUUGAUGUGGAAAUCUUACGUGUUGCUAUUCAGGAUAAAGAUUUAAUUAAUACCCCUAAUUGGAGGGCUAAUUAUACAAUUUUAAAAGGCAAUGAAAAUGGAAAUUUUAAAAUUGUAACAGAUCCCAACACUAAUGAAGGAGUUCUGUGUGUGGUUAAGCCAUUGGAUUAUGAAGAAAGACAACAGAUGUCCCUGCAAAUUGGUGUAGUUAACGAAGCUCCAUAUAUCAGAGACAGUAGUUCUAGACAAACCAUGAGCACAGCCACAGUUACCGUUUCUGUAAAGAAUCAGGAUGAGGGCCCUGAAUGUAACCCUUCAACACAAACUGUUCGAAUUAAAGAAAAUGCACCAGUAGGAACAACAAGCAAUGGCUACAAAGCAUAUGACCCAGAAACAAGAACUAGCACUGACAUAAGGUAUAGGAAAUUAAGUGAUCCAAAAGGAUGGGUUAACAUUAAUGAAAAUUCAGGAUCGAUCACAGUUUCCCAAAGCCUGGACAGAGAGGCUGAGACCGUCAGAAAUGGUAUAUAUAACAUCACAGUUCUGGCACUAGAUAAAGAUGGGAGAAGCUGUACGGGGACCUUGGGAAUUAUACUUGAAGACGUAAAUGAUAAUGCCCCUUUCAUACCUAAGCAGACAGUCGUGAUCUGCAAAACCACCAUGUCCUCUGCAGAGAUUGUUGCUGUUGAUCUGGAUGAACCCAUAAACGGCCCACCCUUUGAAUUCAGCUUGGAGAGUCGUAAUUCAGAAAGUCGGAUAAUGUGGAAACUGACAAGAAUUAACGACACAGCAGCACGUCUCUCUUAUCAGAAUGAUCCUCCAUUUGGAUCAUAUGCAGUUCCUGUCCGAGUUGCAGAUAGACUUGGCCUGUCUACAGUCACUUCAAUGAAUGUCCUUGUAUGUGACUGCAUUACUGAAAGUGACUGCACAGAUCGCUCAAGCCCAAGGGCUGGCAGCGGAGACGUAAGACUUGGACCCUGGGCCAUCCUUGCAAUAUUGUUGGGCAUAGCAUUGCUGUUUUGUAUCCUGUUUACAUUAGUCUGUGGGACUUCUGUGGACAGCAAACAACCAAAAGUACUUCCUGAUGAUUUAGCUCAGCAGAACCUAAUUGUAUCAAACACUGAAGCUCCAGGUGAUGACAAAGUGUAUUCCUCAAAUGGCUUCACAUCCCAGAUGGUGGGAGCUUCUGGUCAGGGAAUUUGUGGCACUAUGGGAUCAGGAGUCAAAAGUGGAGGACAAGAGACCAUUGAAAUGGUGAAAGGAGGACAUCAGACCUUGGACACCUGCGGGGUGGCUGGGCAUCACCACACCCUAGAUUCCCGCAGGGGAGGACACGUGGAAGUUGACAACUGCAGAUACAAUUACUCAGAAUGGCACAAUUACACUCAAUCCCGACUUGGUGAAGAAUCCAUUAGAGGACACUCUGUGAUUAAAAAUUAA